ACAGCCACAGGGAAAACCCAGCCUGGGUAUAGUUCUCUGCAGUAAUGCAUCUUUGCCACGGUAUCACGAAUAUUUCCCACACGAACAGCUACUGGUCAAGGGAUGUCCGCCCUUUCCUGUAUGGCUUAAUGUCAUUCAUAAUCCUGGCCACCCUGGUUGGCAACUUAAUACUGAUAAUUUCCAUAUCCCAUUUCAAGCAACUUCACACACCCACAAAUUGGCUCCUUCAUUCUAUGGCCAUCGUGGAUUUUCUGCUGGGCUGUCUGGUGAUGCCCUACAGCAUGGUGAGAAGCGUGGAGCACUGUUGGUAUUUUGGGGAAAUCUUCUGUAAAGUUCACACCAGCACCGAUAUCAUGCUGAGCUCGGCGUCCAUAUUCCACUUAGCCUUCAUCUCCAUUGACCGCUACUAUGCUGUGUGUGACCCGCUGCGAUACAAAGCCAAGAUCACGCUCUCCACUGUUUUUGUGAUGAUCCUCCUUAGUUGGAGCCUUCCCGCUGUUUUUGCAUUUGGGAUGAUCUUCCUGGAGCUGAACUUAAAGGGAGUAGAAGAGCUGUAUCACACUCAGGUGGGCUGCCUGGGCGGCUGUUUUUCCUUCUUUAGUAAAGUAUCUGGAGUCCUGGCGUUCAUGACUUCUUUCUAUAUACCUGGAUCUGUUAUGUUAUUUGUUUACUAUAGAAUAUAUUUCAUAGCUAAAGGACAAGCAAGGUCAAUUAAUCGUACAACUCUUCAAGUUGAGUUGGAAGGGAAAAGCAGAGCGCCGCAAAGCACGGAAACAAAAGCCGCGAAGACCUUAGGGAUUAUGGUAGGUGUUUUCCUCAUAUGCUGGUGCCCGUUCUUUUUCUGCAUGGUCCUGGACCCUUUCCUGGGCUAUGUUAUCCCACCCCGUCUGAAUGACGCACUGAAUUGGUCUGGGUACCUGAAUUCUGCCCUCAACCCGAUGGUUUAUGCCUUUUUCUAUCCCUGGUUCAGAAGAGCGUUGAAGAUGGUUCUCUUUGGUAAAAUUUUCCAGAAAGACUCAUCAAGGUCUAAGUUAUUUUCGUAAUGCAAUCCAUGAAACGAGUAUAUUUUACAGUUUUUAAAAGGAGUUGGUGAUGGGGGUU